AUGGGGUCACCAGGAGUAAGAGGAGAAAAAGGAGUGAAAGGUGAUAUUGGUGCAUCGGGUAUUCUAGGAAUGAAAGGUGAACAGGGAGAAUCCAUUUCUACUCCAAAAGUGACAGUUUCGUCUUCUCACCUGACAGUGAACGAGAGUAACACUGCGGUUUUACUGUGUUCUGUUUCGGGAAAUCCCGUCCCGCAAGUGGCUUGGUCACGUGUAGGCGGCGUGUUACCUAGCAACCGAACAAAGGUCUCAUCAGAAGGUCUGCUGCAGAUUAAUGAAGUGAGACUAGAGGACGCUGGGAAUUACAAGUGUGAGGCACGAAAUAUCUUAGGGAGAGAAGAAAAACUAACGAGUCUGGCCGUACAAAGUAAGCUGAAAUUGAUUAUUUAGAAAUAGUGAUCAGCGUACAUGAACGUUCAUUCCUAGGACCCUUCCACAGAAAUGGCUUUUUACGUGCGAGUUUUGAUGUUUUAUGCGCCCCGUAAAAAAAUUAUUCCUGAUGCUUAACAAAAACAUGGAGCUGACGCGAUAAUUGUUGGCUCCUCAUUCAAACUGUACUGUCCUCUGUAUCAAGACUGGAGAAUCGGCAUAAUCGCUUGUGUGUAAACUUUAAGCCACCCCUCCGUAUCCUUUCCGUUUAUUUUUAUUACUACUGUGUAUACUUCCCAAUUUAGUAACAAAAGAAACGCUUUUGACCGAAAAUUGAAAACAAACAAGCAACAACAACAACUUUCUAAAGUCUUUGUAUGAGGUUGGUCUGUCUUUGAUUUUAGCUGUUUUGUUAUCUACAGGUCAACCGAAGACUUCCUUAUCGUUUGGCCCGCCUUAUGUCGUUAAAGGUAAGAACAUCACCUUACCAGCAUGUCACGUAAUUGACUACCCGUCACCAAAGAUCUCUUGGUAUAAAGUUCCCGGAAACCUGGUGCAAGCCAGAACCGUUAUGAAAGAUGGACGAUUGUCAAUAAUGAAUGCUCACAAAAGUGAUUCUGGUCUAUACAAAUGCGAAGCUUCAAAUAACCUAGGACAUGACUCGGCUGUUACGCAGCUAAACGUUGUUGAGCUACCCCAUUUUACAGUUAGUCCACCAUCACAGCUUAAAGUGAGCACAGUUCAGAAUAUCACAGUCCCCUGUCAGGCCACUGGAGAUCCACAACCAACUAUCAUGUGGAGGAAGGAGGGCGGAAAGCUUCCUGCAGGAAGAUCAGGUGCCAGUGCCGACGGAACUUUGAAAAUCUGGAACCUUAGAGAGCGGGAGGACUCGGGAAGAUAUACUUGUGUUGCGUCAUCAAAUCAGUUCUCUAUGGCAUUUUCUGUAAUGGAUGUAAUAAUCGUUCAGCACAAAGGUGUGUUCAAGCUUGAAAUUCAGCUCAGACAUUGUUAAGUCUGGCCCUGGGCUAUCUGCUGACACCUGCCUCCUGUUUUUGUUGUUGUUGUUGUUUUUUUCGGCUACCCUUUCUUGAACAGAGGCGAUGCCCGAGUUCAAGCGAAAACUUAGCAGGCACCUUUUAGCAAAAUCACACAGAAAAUAGCAAGGAUCUCGCUAGCCGAAGCACAAUCUCUAAGCUUCUGACAUAACAACAUCUGCUAGCCCAGGGAAUGGGAAUUGCAUUCCCGGGCAAUCAAAUUACCCACCGGACCCAGAUAAGCACUUAAUAUCUGACUGGAUUUGAUACAAAGUGCCUGCACUCAGUCUCUAGACAGCUACAAUCGGCGACAAAAUGAUUUGACACACUUCGCUGUCAACUGGGCUUUUUUACCUUUUACUGACUUCAAAAGAAGGAAGUAUAGCGUUUCCUCCCCCAUUCCCCCCCCCCCAUACAAUGUUGUACCGAUGUUCGAGCCACCUACAGAAAACAACAAACACCCCAACUUUGAAUGGAGGGGGUAGGGGAGGGGUGCGGAUUGUUUUGUUCUCUGACGUUACCCUAUUUGAAUACAAUGUCUCAACAAUCAGUCUCAACGGUCGCCGAUUGUAGGUCCAAGAAGCAAGAACUCCCCCUCCCCUCUCAUGACACUUAUGACUAGCCAGUUUAUUCCCCCAAUUUCUGCAAGUAGCAUAUGAUUAUAAGUCAGAACAUUGAUUUUUUGACAGAGGGAACGUUCCUUUACUUUGCAGUGCUUUUUGACCUGAAACUCUGUUCAAAGUGACAAAAUCUACCCUCCCUACCUCUUUUACUUUCGACACAAAAAGCGUGCAGCCACCCACCCACAGUUAGGUCUGGCCUAGCAUUUGUUCCCACAGGGGCACAAAUUACUGCGGUUGAAGCGGGAUUGAAAGGCCCUGCUUGCUUUAAAAUCUUCCAAGUUGUAUAAAAUUAUAUCUUAGCGUCUUUGAAAUGCCAGAUAUCAUGUCUGCUAAGUUCUAUACUGAGUCUCUUUUUUGGGUCUCUGAAAGAUGACUUAUGGUUCGCGUAUCUGGUCUUAAAAGAGUUCUCAGUAAGGCCUACAUAGGUCUUGGCUGGUCUGUUGUCCUCCGCUGUCACUGUGGCUUGGUAGACCACGGACAAUUUUAAGAAAUUACCGUCCAUAGGGCAAUGAGCUGGUUGACGGCAGUUGCAUGCUUUCGAUGGUACGGCGUUUGUUUUCCGUGGGGUGGAUUCCGCCAUUGUGACCAUUAAUUAUUUACUUUAGAGUUGCAUGCAUCUAUAACAGAUCUUAACCGUGUUCCUGAUGAAAAUUUGUGUAGCGCGUAAUAAUAAUAUUUUAUCAUUUGUAGACCCGAUCUGGCGAGCCUGAACUAUCGAAAUCAGCUUGUAACUUCCUACAGGCACGCGCGAAAAUUGCUCCUUAGUAGCUGUACAUCUUCUGUUGUCACUUAAUAGUUUCUGAUUCAAAUUCUGCGCGCGCGUGCGCAGUAUAUGCGUAUGUUAUGACGAACAUUUCAUUUGGCAAUUUUAUCUUUUUCAUUUGGCAAGUUUAUCUUUUGUCCAAAAGUUGAACAUCAGCGCUAUCAACCGGAUAAAUAGAUAUCCAGUGGGUAAUUAUUACGAAAACCAAUUGUGUUAUCCACUGGAUAGUGAUUUAUCACACCGAUUCAGCCUAAGACCGGAAGUUGCAUGAAAGCGAGGCCUAAGGGCUAUCGUUCGCGCGAAUCUCAUAAACAUGGCGUCUUCAAGUAAACAAAAGAAUUUGAGUCACAAGUGUUGCGCGGCUGCUCUUUGCAAUAAUCGUUCAGAUAACCGACCAGAUUUAAUUUUUCAUAAUUUCCCUCUGGACGAAAACCUUAAGAAAAUCUGGGAUCAAAAAAUGAAGCGUGGCGACAAAAAAUUUACCUCGAACAGCUCACUCUUCUGCUGUUCUGAGCAUUUUGGUGACAAGGACUACAGGAAAAGCCUUACCGGCAAAAGACGUGAUCUUGUAAAGAGUGCUGUUCCUUCCAUUUUCCCACGGUCAGUUGGCAAUGACGAAGCCUCUGAAAGGUCCGAAAGAGCCAAAAGUCGGGAAUGCCAAAGGAUUAAACUUUCUGGUCUUUCUGCGAUCCCAUCCAAGAGUAUGGAAAAUAAACAUCACCCAUACGAUGCACCUGACAUCUCUGCAAAGGACACUCAAGACGAAGAUUCAGGUGAAAAACCAUUCGAUGAAGAGAGAGACUUGGCUGCCGAGAAUUAUGAACUUAAACAAAAGCUGUUUCUUUCAAAAUUUGGUUUGGAGAGGUUUGGAUCGAAUGAUGAUGACAUAUUUUUCUACACAGGAUUUCAGAGUUACCGAGCUUUGAUGGCAUUUUGGAACUUUAUUAAACCUUGCUCUGAGUCGCUGAUGUCGUGGAACACAGCACGCGAAAAAGUGAAAGAAAGCUCCGCAAACAAUGCUAAUCCAUUUCCUUUUUUGCAAGGACAGGAGAAACAAAGAAAUAGAAAGAGAGAAAUAGAGCCCAUCGAUCAGCUGUGGUUGUUUCUAACAAGGGUGCGUCUUGGCUUAUUCGAGCGUGACUUGGCACACAGAUUUAGUGUCUCUGUAAGUACAGUGUCUGAUGUUUUUAUUACUUGGGCAAACUACCUUUACAUAAUGUUGGGAAGUUUGCUUGUAUGGCCUUCAAGAGACAAAAUAAAACAACACUUGCCAGAUUCUUUUAAAGGAAGGUAUGAAAACGUACGUGGAAUUCUUGAUUGCACAGAGCUGAAAUGUGAGUUGCCCAAGGAUUAUCAGAAGCACUCAGAAAUGUACUCAGACUAUAAAUCUCACGACACAUUUAAAGGGCUCAUCUGCAUUUCACCGAGUGGAUGGAUAACAUUUGUUAGUCAGUUGUAUCCAGGGAGAAUAAGUGAUAAGGAAAUUGUGGAGAAGAGUAACUUCUGUCAGUUAAUUGAAAUGGGGGACCAGUACCUUGCAGACAAGGGCUUUGAGAUCCAUGACCUAAUGGCCCUCAGAGGAGCAAGUUUAUAUAUUCCUCCAAAGAGAUUUUCUGCCAAUGACCAGUUCACACAAAGCCAGUGUUUUGAGACCAUGAGUAUAGCAAAUGUGCGUAUUCAUGUUGAAAGAGCAAUUAAGCGAAUCAAGGCUUGGCAUAUUUUUAGUCAAGUUCUGCCUCUUUCCAGCUUUGGGUCCAUAAAUCAGAUCUGGACUGUAUGUGCUUUGUUAGUAAAUUUUCAAUAUCCAAUUAUUUCAGUUUAAAGAAAGGAAGCUUUCAGUAUUUUGGAAGGGAUGGGUUCUUAUAUCAGGGAACUAACAAGUGUGUUUUUUAGGAAUUGAAUGUUAAACUAAAGAUUCUGAAGCUGUUCAGGUCUUGUUACUUUAUUUAAGUCUCUGGUUUGGGUUUUUUCAAUAAUUGGAGGACUUGAUAUGUGAAAAAGUAAAUGCAAAAAUAAUAUUCUAUCAAAUGCACAUGGAUAGAUUGGGUACUCAGAUUUAAAACUGAUGGAGACUGACUGUGCUUGAAGAAAAUAUAUUUGUGAUAGUAAUGAUGAUGGUGAUAAUAAUAUAGAAAAUAAAACCAAAAUUUGUCUUUUCUUCAAACCUAAAAGUCUAUCUGUAAGACAAAUCCUAAAAAAAUAACGGUCAAAAUUUUCAAAAACAAGACACAAAAAUAUCUAGUUUCACCUUCCCUGCCCCCACCAUCCCAUCACUUGUAAAGUAUAACUUGAAUACCAUUCCUUGUGCUUUAGAACAUACUAAAGCUCUUAUGCAGACAUUUUGUUAGAGUCAACUUAUAUUUUCCAAGAAACUAAUAGUGUUGCUUUGCAGUUCUAAAAACACUCACUGUUUUUAUUUUGAGAUAUAUUUCUUGUGAAAAGCAAUUAAACUAGGCUUAAUUUCAUCCUCCCACCUUGAGGAUGAUGUGACCUUGAGAACCAAAACUGGAAAUGUGUUGUUGGUAAAUAUGACAAAGUCAGUUAAUGGAAUUCCACUGACCCCCAUUUGCAUCUGAGUCUGAAACCAAUAUUUGUGCUUUUCUUUUACGACAAAGACAGAGUUCAGUUCCAUAAAUGGGAAGCUACUUUCCUUUUGAUGAUUAUUUAUUGCAGUCUCUGGUGACAUAUCCUGCUUGGACUCUAAACAUUUUAUUUCCACAUUUCUGUAUUCAAUGUCACCAUUGGCAUACACUAUUGUUGCAAUUCUGUCAGGGCUUGCUGCAAGAACAUCAUUUUCUUUGUCUAAAAUUAAUCCAGUCUCUUGAACUGUCACUUCCUUGAUGUCUGGCAAUGACAAGAGAUAUUCUUUGUACAAAUCAGCUGCCACAGGCUCAUUUUCAAUACCAAAGAUCAAUCCUUUACUUUUAUAAUUAAGAUGUUUAGCUUGUGAAUAGCUGACCAAUUUUUGGGGUGCUCCUUUUGCUGUAAUUUUUUUUACUAGAUUUUCUGGUAAUUUUGACACCUGUUUUUGCAUAUGAGAAAAGACAUCUUUACAGAUACUGGCAGUUAUUCUGUUUUGCUUUUGUUCAAACCAAGCAGGAUUCGUUGAUUGUCCUCUUGUUGCCAUUUCAAUUUGCUUUUGUUUGUCUGUAAGAGUUUCAAUAAAUAAUGUUUCUGUUUUGACUGUUGGCAGUUGUGCUUCAGAUGGAUCAAUUGUACUUUCAAUAAAACUUGAAAUAUUCUGUUCUUGCUGUUGGUUAUUAACAUUACAAUCUGAUAUCUGCUGAAGCUGUAGCUCAUCAUAAUCAUUAGAAGGAGUGCUAAGGGGUCCCGUUUCUGAUUCAAACUGCACAGUGGAAGGUGGAGCAGAGAUUUCAUGAUUCAAACUUGAAUUUGAAUUCAGUGCUUGCCCAUUUGAGACAGGAUUCACAUUUUCUUUACCAACAAGGGAGGAACUACUAAAAUACGGUACUACCAAAUUUGGAGGCUGCCGGGAAUAAUCUUGAAGUUGCUUAUGAAUUGUUGAACCUUUAGCAACAGUGCCAACUAUAGUCAUCACUGUUUGAAUUGUCUUUUCCUCUGGUAACAUAGCAGCAAAGGGUAUACGAGCAUUUAUUUUCUGAAGAUCUUGCCUCAGCUUUACAAUUCCAUCAGCAUCAAGCUUCUGUGAUUUCAAUGGUCUGGGAUCGUAAAACUGAGAGUCAAUACUCCUUUUCCUCCUACCAGGUAGGUCAGACGCAUGUCUUGGUUUUGUUAUUUUUAAAGCCAUCACUGGAGAGAACUCUACUUCUCGUCUACCCCCUUUUCCCCAUUCCCUCGGUUUUGAUGUGCAGCAUCUGUUGUCAGGAGUGAUAUUUUUUAGCUCUGACUUUCUCGUCAUGUCCUCAAGUUUCCAUAUGAGCGCCAUUACAUGACAACAACACCCACUGUUGGAAGCCGGACACUGCCUAUCACACUUUGCUGCUAGAAUCUUUGGGGUCCCACUUUGUUUACAAACCAUUUUCACCUUGUAUUUAACAUUCCUCUUAUAGGAAGCCCAACAGCAGGCACGGACGUAUAUGAUGUUAUUUUCUGUGUUAUUAUACACCUGUAAAUCGUGCACAAAAUUGACCAUACGGAGGCCUUUGUCAUUUGAGUUUAUAACAACUGCUGCAUUGGUAAAUUUUUUCAUGGAUUUACCAGAAUUUUUUACCUGCUCAAAGGCAUCCAUAGGCACAAAUGGGGGCAAAACAGAAAAGUCCUCUGAAAAUUGAGUGUUUUCAUCCGGUGGGAAAGUGUCUAAAAUCGAACUACACGAGCUUGCUUGUUGGUCGAUCAGCUCAGUCUGGACUGUUUCGAUAUUGAGCGUCUUAAGCUUUUCAGCCUUUGCUUUCGUGUAGCUCUUCUCAGGAUCAGGGUCAAAAACUUUCUCUCUGUAGUAAGGAAUCGCGUUGAAUGCCUUAACCCUGCCCCAGAAAAGAAAGAAAUCUCAAAUUAAAAGCAGAAAGAAAAGAUUUUAGCGAAAACGAAAUUUUGUUGACUAGCGUGGAAGGUUAGAUAACAGUGUUUAUAUAAUGCAGGUGCUGCGAAACUUACUUUUCGACAAGAUCUUUCUUCAGUCCCUGUUGGUUCAGUCUUCUGCAUUUCAACCAAAAUUUUAAUUGUGGAAUUGUCCAUUUACUUAUGUCUUCUCCGUUUUUCACGGAUGAACAUGGAAUGUCUUCUGGUGUAAGGUUUACAUCAGAAAACAUUCCAUGUCUUCCAUGCAAAGUCUCGGUGUUUUCCGCCAUGAUUUUUGAGAUUCGCGCGAAAGAUAGCCCUUAGGCCUCGCUUUCAUGCAACUUCCGGUCUUAGGCUGAAUCGGUGUAUAGCGCUAUCCAGAGUUCGAGCAACCAGGGCCUGGGAGAGAAAGAUAAUCUUAAAAUAUCCUUGUGUCCUUUCGGUACAAUAAACUUAAAAUCAUGGUGUUCUCCUUUCUCUGUUUGGAAUCAAAUGGUCUUCCCAUUGCCCAUCUAGGAAACCAUAACACUUCUUAUACAUAACGGACAGCCUUGCAUAUCUUCUCAUUGUUUUAAGUUGUCCCACUUAAAUCUUGGAGCAUUCCCGUCACGCUCGCUGUUCGAUCGUAAUUUCUCGUGACAUAGCGAGCCGCUUUUCAUUGUACCCUUUCUACAGCAGCUUUUCUUUCUAGUAGUGAGGGUCCCUUGCACUACAGGCAUACUGGAGCUUUGGUCUCACAAGUGUCGUGUACGUGGUUUCUUUCACUGACUUUGGAUAGUUCCACAGAUCGCGUUAAAUAAGUCCUAAGAUAUUAUUUGCCCUAGAUGAGAUUAGCUCGAUAUGUUGGGACCACCUCAUUUUGUUAUCAAGCACUACUCCCAAGUAAGGGUGAGAAUCCACUUCUAGAAUUCUCCACAGAAUACGUAUUCCCGCUUUGGUGGAUCUCUUUGGUUGUAAAGCAUAAGAUCUUACACUUUGAAGGAUUGAAUUCCAUCUUCUACUUUUGUUACCAAGCUUCUGAUCUACAAUGAUCAUUCUGAAGAUCAGCUACAUCCUCAUCAAAACAGAUUGCUCAAUGUGACAAUGCAUCAUCAGCAAAAAGUCUAACGGUAGAGUUAAGACCAUUUGGUAAAUCAUUUAUAUACAAUGAAGAACAGUAACAGUCCUAAGACCGUUCACUGGGGAACACCGGAUGUUGUGACUACAGGAGCAAAUGAUGCCCCCUCAAUUACUACGAUUCGAACCAGUUAAGUGGUGAGACACGAAUUCCGUAAUAAUCAAGUUUCGUCAAAAGACGACAAUAAGGAACUUUGUCAAAUGCUCUUGAAAAGUCAAGGGUUGCGGCGUGAAUUGUUUUGUAAGACUGAAUAGUACUUGCUAUGUCAUGAAUGGUACAUAGGAGCUAUGCUUCUGUUGAUCAUUUUGGCACGAGGAAAAAGGAAAAAGCCGUGAGUUGUCUACUGACUUCCUUUUUACACUCUAAUUGUUUAAAAUUAUAGAACUCGAGAAAAUAGCCAAUGAGUUCAAGUCGAUGCUUGAAGGAAAAAGCCGAAUUACUAAAUUAAAAAUGAACGGAACGAAUGUAAGAAUACGCAAAAUUAAUGCUCGAUGGAUGCCAUCAUUUGAAGGUUAUAUUAUAUCACCCUGUAGAACUCAUCAGUUCAUUAUUCACUAUGUGGCAUUUAACAUCAAAAAACUUUUACAAUAGCUUGGAAUUCCAUAGGGAUAUUCUAACCACGCGCCUAUUACCCUUUUUAUACGCUAAUGGAAUAUUUAUUUUCUUGCGCGUCCGGGGUUAAAAAAGCUCAAGCUCUGUGGAAUUUCGUCGUUUAAGAGAGCUACCAUAGAGCGAUGUUAAUUUUUGGCCAGAUUUUUGUGUUUGAUGUCGUUAUCGUCCUUUUUGUCCACAGAAGGAUUACAGAAGUCUUUUUCGUCUUUACAUGUAGUUUAAAUUUGGUCACGGCCUGUAGUGUCCUCGAUGAACUUAGAAGUUGUGAGUCUUAAUAACGUCGUGAUUUGGAUUCUUAUCAAGUUUGUAUUGGCUGUCAUGGUAUAAUAACUGACAGUACAUAAAGCCUUACGUUUCCUGUUUUUAUCUCACCUAUUGUAUNAUGCUUCUGUUGAUCAUUUUGGCACGAGGAAAAAGGAAAAAGCCGUGAGUUGUCUACUGACUUCCUUUUUACACUCUAAUUGUUUAAAAUUAUAGAACUCGAGAAAAUAGCCAAUGAGUUCAAGUCGAUGCUUGAAGGAAAAAGCCGAAUUACUAAAUUAAAAAUGAACGGAACGAAUGUAAGAAUACGCAAAAUUAAUGCUCGAUGGAUGCCAUCAUUUGAAGGUUAUAUUAUAUCACCCUGUAGAACUCAUCAGUUCAUUAUUCACUAUGUGGCAUUUAACAUCAAAAAACUUUUACAAUAGCUUGGAAUUCCAUAGGGAUAUUCUAACCACGCGCCUAUUACCCUUUUUAUACGCUAAUGGAAUAUUUAUUUUCUUGCGCGUCCGGGGUUAAAAAAGCUCAAGCUCUGUGGAAUUUCGUCGUUUAAGAGAGCUACCAUAGAGCGAUGUUAAUUUUUGGCCAGAUUUUUGUGUUUGAUGUCGUUAUCGUCCUUUUUGUCCACAGAAGGAUUACAGAAGUCUUUUUCGUCUUUACAUGUAGUUUAAAUUUGGUCACGGCCUGUAGUGUCCUCGAUGAACUUAGAAGUUGUGAGUCUUAAUAACGUCGUGAUUUGGAUUCUUAU